AUGCCGGUCUCUUAUGAUUCACCGGAAGACUUUGGCAAAGCAUAUAGUCUACCAGGAGGCUUGGUGCCACAUCCACCGCCCUAUCCUUCAUUUCUACCGACACAACUAGCAGUGGCUCCCUAUUUCCAAGCGUUGCCUCCACAAGACAUUGUGCCAAUUCCAAAGCAAGACCUCAAGCGCCUCAAAGACAGUCUUGAAGUUGUGGCGGACAUAGCGAGAAUGGCCGAUCCACUGUCUGUCCUUGCAUCAUUAAUUGCAGUCUCCUCGGCUGCUCUGAAAAUCUCCAAGUCCUUGUACUCCAUUGCGGGCGCUCUCAAGUCCAGCGUGGAUGACAUCGAGCGGCUGGCUUUUGAGCUUGACACAUUCUCCAGUGUCCUGGAAGAGCUGCGCGACUGGUUAGAGGAUCACCAGGAACUAAUCAGCAAGUCUGCCCUGGAAACCGCCAACAAGAUCUUGAGACGAUGCAAGAAGACCUUUGCGGACAUCAAGCGCCUGGUUGGAACGGGUGCCGACAACAAUUUCGAUCCACCCACGUUCUGGGCUAAGAUCAGAUUUGUUUUUCAACACCAAAGGAUCGAACCAUUGCGAGCAAACCUUGAAUCUUGCAGAUCAACCCUUGCUCUGCAACUGUCUCUUUUCAAGUUGGCCGAGUUCAAGAAAACUCCAAGCCCCGAUGAGCCGUCCAUGCUCCUCUCCUCAGAAGAGAAGAAAUUGAGGACCCGAGUUGAACACAGUGUGGUGGUAACGCAGCAUUCGCUCGUACGUUUGCAGCGGGCCGAGUUCCAGGCUCAGUACGUACCGGGUCCUGCAGCCUUCCAUCCUUCCCAGGACAGCCGAUGGCUUUUGAAGCUGGUCCCUUCAUUACAGCUUCCGCGGGCCCUCCAGAGCCCUUUCCCCAUGCUUCCUGAUCCUCAACGGGUGAGAAAAGAAAAGGCAGAGGAGAAGAGACGAAUGAAGCAGACGGUGGAGAACCUACUCUUAAACUGGACGAAUCUUGAGGAGACCGGCAAACGGCAUACCGGCUCCAAGAUUUCCUUCAACACUCAUGAUGAAAUCAUUGACAACAGAGAUGUAGUAUCUGCUUCCUCUGGGCAAGCUAUGGGCACGGCGUACAAAGACAAUGUGCCCAAGACGUUCCUUGAGCCGGACCCCCAAGCUUCCAAGCUGGGUAACCCAGCGCUUCCCUUGCGCCCAACAGACAGUGUUCAUCUGGUAGCCAGCGAAGCGAGUUCCUCUCAACGGCCAUCAAGAGAUGCAACGCUCCCAUCUCAGGUUACGUCUCCCCAGGCAGACACGGAGAGCUCUGAAUCCGAUCCAGUCUACGAUCUACCCGAUCUACACGAAGGAUACGACCGGCAACCGGAUGAUGACCGAGCCCAUACAGUUGACAGUGAUGGAGUCACGAUGAAAGAGGUUCAAGAUGACUUAGGAAACCCUCCCAAUACCCCAUCCGCAGUUUCCGAUGUGAGGAGGCGCCAUUCCUCUACAGGUAGGCGUUCACAGUAUGGGUUCGAUCCAUCAAGACAUUCACCGGAGCAGCAAAUCCGUCGCCAUCAGAGGCGGGGAGGGAGGCACGCGCACAUCGAAAUUACGCAUGUCCCUAGUGAGGAAGAGAAUCAGUCGCCCGACGCAUCUCAGGCUGCAGACGAAUCAGAUGAUUCCAUUGAGAAAUUUUUGAAUCGUUCUUUUGGCCAGGAUGGAUACAGUCAGUCUAGUUUGCCAGCGCCAGUCGUUCCAUCAGUCGCUCAGCCCCAUGCAAUAAUGGCUCCAUACCCGCCGUUGUACGCACCGACAAACCCCACUCAGUCGCCAUACCCGCCCUCUGGACCGUACAUGGGCUACGGAUAUCGACCAGGAGAACUUUAUCAGGAUGCUCACGGUCGAUCGCAAUAUAUGGCAGGUGGUGGCAUGCCUUACGCACAUGCUCCCGGAGCAGGUGGUGGACUUGAACCACCCCGACAGUAUCCGUAUUUCCCACCUCCGUUGGUGCCGUCACCUAGCCUUAGCUCGGCAACGAGCACCACCGAUUGGGAUGAGGGCGCAAAUAUGAAGCCUCCCUCACGCCAUCAGAGUCGCCGAAACAGCUUAGACCUGGACAAAGUAGAAAUGCUUCGGCGCUUUGCCGAGCUUUUACGACCAGAUACCCGCCAGAAUGUGCAUGAUGGCCCUGAAGCAGUCUUGAGUGCUGAGCCUGGCGGUCCGUCCGGAGUGAAUGGACGCCCGGACACUCCAAUAGUAAAGGCAGGAUCUGAAACGCACAACCUGGAAGCGGAAAAGGAGGCAACUCUGAAAUUCGUCAGCGCUGAUUGGAGAAUCUUUCGAUUCCCUUAUAGUAGAUGCAAAACAUGGCAGGACACGAAAAACCUCAUUCAGAAAAUUCACCGACAAAGUCACCCAGACCUCGACCUGGACGAUCAUGAAUCGUUCUCCUUAGCAGAUCGCGAGGGUAAUCUGGUCCUCCCAGAGCACUGGGAAGACACCGUCAAACCGGGUACGACCAUCAUGUUACUGCUAGCAAAGAAAACAUCAGAACUAGGUGUUCUCGGCGGCCCAGGGGAGCAAGAUACACCGGCGGAGAAACGGCCCGCGAUAUCGUCUACCUUUCACACCAUUGGGGAUGCCGAGGCAGAGACAGAGGCGGGCAGCAAGAAGACGAAGCAUUCCCGUGAUGGCCGCAAAGAACGGCCAUUCAGAGACAGUGCGAGGCUCAAGAGCCUCCCUCGAGCAUUGACACCCCCGCCAGCUAUCCCCAACGACGAUUUCUCUUCUGCUGAGGAAUGCAGCUACUCUUCGGGAGAGGAACGAUAUGAGAAGACUGCCGCUGUAAGAGAGGCGGAAAUGCAAAGUCGCUCAUUCAUCCAAGAAGGCGAUGUCUUGUGGAAAGAUUUGAAGCAGCAUUGUAAUCAGCUCAUGGCUGCUGAAUCAUCCUUUGCAAAGACGCGAGCCAAAAGGAAACUCGCGCACAUCAUGUAUCGUGAAAGCUCGUCGGAAUAUCAGCAACAGGGGGUCGACAUACAUGACCUCGGUGAAGGACCAGAUGUACAAUCAAGAGUGUCGGAGAAAAAAUCCGGGAUGCGACACGGUCACGAAGGGCGACGAUACGGAAGACAGUCACGACAGCUCCGGACUGGCAGCAUAGAUCCACCAGUCCAUCCGCCGGCGGGUUCUUUGUAUUUGACACCAGGCUAUCAACCGCACUACAUCACGUACUCUCCGAAUUUGCCGGUGUUCCAGGAGGGCUUCGAGGAGGAGGGCCCAACUACCCCAUCCCUGUUGGCGGACCCGGCAUCGUUUCGGCGUUAUGAGGCGGCAGGCCUCAAUCAGAAGACGACGGUUGAGGCAAAGCUGGAUUAUCUCACUGCCUUGCUAGAGAAAAGGGGCCAGCCCAGUCACCCGACAGUGGACGAGGCGAAAUCGCAGGCAAGCCGCAAUGAAAGGACAAGUUAUGUCCCCCGUUCUGUCUCAGCCUCAAGUUCACCGGCUUUACUGAGCAACGAAUCGGCGACCCAGCAGACUGUAGGGAAUACCACUGCAAGGCCCAGCGUCCCUGGUGGCGGAGUUGGUAGCCAAGGCAACAGUCCUGGUCGGCGUUCGUUCCGGCGGAGAUGGCUUGGGAGAUCCUUCUCCUCGUCAGUCGUAUAG